AUGACCCCUGAGCAGGUACGUGCGAUUAGUGCGAAGGCGGACGAAGAGCGCCGCCGAUUGAAGAAUAAUACUCUACAACAACCUCUAAAUCCCGCAAAUAAUCAGUCCCAUAUACAGUCUAUUCAGGAGCAUCAGCCCACAAACACUAGUCAUAAAGUCGCAUCUGAUGGCACCGAAGCAACUACGGAAAAAAUCCAUCGCGGUCAUGCUGAUGCGCCGAUCAGAAAAUUAACGUGUGAUCUCAUCAAGACCUACAAAAACAUUAAUGAGUCUUUCUAUUUGCGGAAGGCUCUUCGACGGCAAGAGCAUCAAGGGAACAUCCAGUCUUGUCAUAAUGCGUCAACAGCGACGGCUACCGUUAAUUUGCAGUCUGCUGGCUCUGGAGGUAAUUCGCAGGUACAAGCAACUACUCAUAACAGUGGGACAAGCUUGGACAGGCAGCAGAAUUCCGGGCCUAAGGGUUUGCCUCACUUUGAUACAAACGCUCCGCCGGCAUCCCUGAUGGUCGUCCCAUCAGUUCCGGAAGGCGAAGAAAAUAGAAAUCGGCAAAAAUCAAGCAGGGGAGGUCCUCAUAAUGGUGGUUAUGACGACAAAAAUAAUGACUAUAUACUCAAAGAUGGCGAAUGUUUCAAUGCUCGGUAUAUUAUUCUUACGGAGAAGCCGAUAGGAAAAGGAUCGUUUGGACAAGUUACACGCGCUUACGACACUGUUGCAAAAGAGGACGUUGCUAUCAAAAUCAUAAAAAAUAAGAAAACCUUCUUCGAUCAAGCCCAGAUUGAAAUCAAAUUGCUUGAAAUGAUGAGAGCACAUGACACAGAGCGGAAAUACAACGUCGUUCUACUCAAAGGCCACUUUGUUCAUCGGAAUCAUCUGUGUCUUGUAUUCGAACUACUGUCAUAUAAUCUUUACGAUCUGUUGAGGAACACGAAUUUUCGUGGCGUUUCGCUCAAUCUUACAAGGAAAUUUGCUCAACAGUUGACGAAAACCCUGCUCUUUCUGUCGUCUCCGGAACUGUCUAUUAUUCACUGCGAUCUCAAGCCAGAAAACGUGUUGCUGUGUAAUCCUAAGCGCUCGAAGAUUAAUAUCAUUGACUUUGGAUCUUCAUGCCAGAUUGGUCAUCGGAUUUAUCAAUAUAUACAGUCAAGGUUUUAUCGUUCUCCUGAGGUUUUAUUAGGAAUCGCUUAUGACACAAAGAUCGAUAUGUGGUCACUAGGUUGUAUCCUAGUGGAAAUGCAUACAGGAGAGCCGCUCUUCGCUGGAUCUUCAGAGUUAGAUCAAAUGAUGAAAAUUGUUGAAGUACUGGGAAUGCCACCGAAAGAACUUUUAGACAUUGGCCCAAAGACUCACAAGUACUUUGGGAAAACAGAAGACGGUGUCUAUUAUUGCAAGACUACCCGUGACAAUUUUAACAAAUGCUACCGUGGACCGGGACACAGGAAACUGCAUGACAUCCUCGGUGUUACCUCUGGUGGCCCCAAUGGAAGGCGUGCGGGAGAGUCAGGGCACUCAGUAGAAGAGUACAGCAAAUUCAAGGUUCGUUUCAGA